AUGGCCCAGACCACGGGCGGCGACGAGAUGGAGUCGGUGAAGAACUACUUCAACACGGCGGGCUUCGAGCGCUGGAGGAAGAUUUACGGCGAGACGGACGACGUGAACAAGGUGCAGAGGGACAUUCGCGAGGGACACGCGCAGACGGUCGAGAAGACGCUCGGGUGGCUCAGCGACGUCGAGGGGCAGACCGUCGCGGACUGCGGCUGCGGGACGGGGUCGCUCGCGAUCCCGCUGGCCCUGCGCGGCGCCCUGGUGUCGGCCUCGGACAUUUCCUCGGCCAUGGCGGGCGAAGCGGCGAAGCGGUACGAGGAGGCGGCGAAGUCGGCGAGCAAGCUGCCGUCCGAGGCGCCCAAGUUCGACACGUCGGACCUGGAGAGCGUGAGCGGGAAGUACGACGUGGUCACGUGCCUGGACGUGAUGAUCCACUACCCCCAGGACAAGGCGGACGCCAUGGUGUCGCACCUGGCGUCGCUCGCGGACAAGAAGCUCAUCCUCUCGUUCGCGCCGAAGACCCCGUACUACUCGGUGCUCAAGCGCAUCGGCGAGCUCUUCCCGGGCCCGUCCAAGGCGACGCGCGCGUACCUGCACGCCGAGGCGGACGUCGAGGAGUCGCUCAAGAAGGCCGGGUUCAAGGUCACGCGCAGGGAGAUGACCGCGACCAGCUUCUACUUCUCACGCCUGCUCGAGUGCGAGCGCGUGGCCUAG